AUGACAGAGACGGACUUUCCAACUGUAAAGUUAGACAACAGCGGGGCAGGCCCUUUGCGAGUCCCUGGCUUCAAUGGUGUACCUCUGCACUAUGAGCAGCCAAAAGACAAUCGCUUUGCGCAUGGGAUCGCUGAUUGGAGACAAACUCCCCAGUUGUUUCUGCGAGAACUUUGCAUGCUGCAGUUCAUGUCGUAUGUCACAGAGCAGCCAGGCUGGGAAAACAAGUGCGAGGACCCCCAGACACUGGAAGAAUGGCAUCAGCACGCCGAUUCAGUCUUUGAUCUCGAUGAACCCUCAUGGCAGUGGUGUGUAAGGGAGCUACGAGACAAAGCGUCUGAUUUCAAACGCACGGGCUACGUUGCUGUGUUUGAUGCAGACUCACGAGUCAUCAAAUCUCAAGUUCCUGACAAUCUGCUACAAGAGCUUCGCCAAUCCAUGUCGCCGCUUUUUUCGAAACUGACACCUGUUUCGUCUUCUACCUCCGAUGAUACUCAUGCGAGUGAUUCUGAGAGCCCAGUUCGGCAUGUAGUUGACCCUUUUAUGUAUCCUCUCGUUUAUGGGCGCACUCCAGUCCUCAUCGAUGGUGGCACAAUUGACCUGGAGAGACCUGCGUCCUGGAGACUAUCACAAUCCCAAGUUGUUCCGAUUCCCGAGAAACCGUCCGACAGGCAUAAUGAGAUGCAUCUGAAAGAGAGACAUGAAAGGAACAGUUCGGAUUACCGGGAUGGGUCAAAGCAUAGAUACUGGUCAAACACCUUUCAAUGUCUUCCUUCUGAGGUUAUCUUUGACGAGCAAGGAGGAGCAAGAAUUACCUCUUAUGUCAAUGGUGUGCAUCCAAAGGAAAGGGGCAUAUACAAAGCGCUCGAGGGGCUCAUUUCGGCCGCCAUACAGCCAUGGAAUGAAAUGCUGAUUUUUGGGGACCAAGGUCGAACACCAAUUCGAAUCAGGACUUAUGACUUCCAGACUGAAGGUUCGGAGGAGUAUCCAGAUUUAUAUUACGACCUAGUCAAAGCAACAGAUGAAGAAUGGCUUGAUGUUCAAUCGCGAGUCAAAGAAUAUCUCAAUCUCCCUGAUCCUGAGAGGCGAUACCGCUUAUGGCCUGACAGUGGGUACCAUGACCUUGUCGCUAGUAUGGAGCCAUGGCAAUGGGAUUCUUCCAAAGAGCUGAAAAAACUAGUCAUCGCUAAAUGGGAACGGCUAUGCUCCGCGAAAGGGGUUGAUCCGGGAAUCUCCUUCACAUACGAUGAAUGGAAGACGGGUGAAAAUACAGGCCGCGCUAUCAUGCCCAAACGCAUUGAGCCCGAUGAGCCUCCCCCACCUCCCGAUCCAGAUCAUCAGUACUAUUCUAUAUCUCUUCAAGAUCAAUUUCAGGGUCUGCAAAUCAUUGCUCGAGUGUCAACUAUCGAAUUGACCCCUGAAAAGCCCCUGUACGGUGGUGAUUCCCAUCACAACGUUGCCGGUAUUCUCAACGAGCAUAUCGUCUCUACGGCUAUAUGCUAUUUCGAUAUGCACAACAUCAAAGGUGCAAAGGUGUCAUUUCAACAGGAGACAUUGAUAGAUAACUCUCACUUCAAUAACAGAAAGUAUCCUGCAAUGGAUCGACUUUUUGAUGUUCUCCCCUGGGAUUACGGAGAUGGAAAUGGUGGUUGUUUCCCAAAGGCUCUACAGACCAUGGGGUCUAUCCCGAUUUCACCGACCGGACAGUUACUUGCUUGGCCAAAUACACUGCGAUCCAAGGUUGAACCUUUCAGUCUCGCAGAUCCAUCUCGGUCAGGCUACCUUCGAUUUGUAACUUUGUGGUUGGUAGACCCGCAUUAUCGAAUCUGCUCGACUCGAAAUGUGCCCCCACAGGACCCGACCUGGGUUGGCACGUCACAAUCAAUGGAAAACGCACGGAAGGAUACUUCAACUGCAUUCGCACAGGCGGUUGAGGUUCGGAACCAAAUGGGGCAGGAGAGAGACAAUAUUAGCAAGGCUUUUCUCGAAAAAGGACAUAUGUUGCACAACUAUACGGAAGAUUAUCUAGUUUGGCGAUGGCCGGACGAUACAGAUUGA